CGGAGGUUGAAGCCAUUAGUUACAUUCCCAAAACGAGAACCUCACACAUUCGUGGGAUAGUCCAGCUCACGUGAUACAUUUUCUAUUGUAUAUAUAGUUUUUUUUCUGUUCUUCCGCUCAGAGUCGGUAUUAUUGUUCUACAACACACAUAUUCGAUUAUAUACAUUAUAUUCGGUUAUAUACAUCAAAAAAAAAAAAAAAAAAAACUAUAUAUACAAUAGAAAAUGUAUCACGUGAGCUGGACUAUCCCACGAAUGACGUAAUAGGACGAAACGUGAGAAACAAGAAACGAAUAUAUAGCCAAACAGAUUAGCGUCGAUUAGCGACACCUAAUGACGCUAACAUCUACAAACUAUUUAUUAUCUAUUCUCGAUGAAUCUCCCGUCGCAUCUACAAAUAACUCGGUUUGAUGCUUUUCAAUGAAAGAAAUAGAAAAAUAAUUAAAAAUAAGUAACAAUUGUCUUUUGGGUGUGGGUGUGUGUAUUAGGGGAGGGGGGGGGGUGUGGGUGUGGUUGGGUGUGGGGUGUGGGUGUAGGUGUGGGGUGUGAGUGUAGGCAUAGUUCUUGUGUACACUCGCACCCACACAUCCAUACCCCACACUCCACACUCCACACCCACACCCACACCCUCACACCCACACUCCACACCCACACUCCACACCCACACACCCACAUUCACACCCACAUACGCACAUCCAUAUCCUCCCCCCAUCCACGCCCCACACCCAAUACCAUUGACUCAAAAAUUUUUUGUGAUAUGUACAUAUAUGAGACGAUUGCAAGCCAUUUGUACCAUUUACAACAAAAAAUGGUUAAGCUUAUAUCUUGCAGAAUUCUCAACCAAAUUCAAUAAUUUUAUCAGCAAAUAUUCUUCACCAGUGUGGCUAGUUUGGCUGCUAAAAUUAGUCAUUUAGCUAUUAUACAGGGUGUCCCAAAAAAAACUUACCCCUUUUUAGAAGGUGUUUUUUUCAUCUUCAAAUAAGCUAUUUUGUUUGCUUUCUUUUCUAGAUGGAUAGGGCUGGGAGAAAGCUAGUACGUAAUACGGUUGAUAUUUUGAAAAAGCUUCAUCCUGAUUGGGGAGCUAAAAAAUUUUUAUCAGAUAUCAAACCGAUGCUGGACCGACAACACAUACAAUAUACAAGCGAAAAUUCUUUACUGCAAAACAUCAAAUAUCAAAUCAAGAAGUUUAAUGAAACUGGAACAACAACGGUUCGUCGAUCCGGCUCUGGUCGUCCAGUGACAAAAUCAAACAAUCAACCGUUAACCCUUUACCCCCCAAUGGGUCAUAUAUGACCCAUUUGUAGACAUGAUCACAGAAAAUAAAGAAAGCAUGAGACUGAAAAACUCCCAAGACAUUAUUUGUAGGGAAUUUCACAAGCUACCAAUUGGUAAAAAAAUAUUUUGUUUCAUUGCUCUGCCUUCGAGAUAUAUGACUUACAAAAUCGAUAAUUUUGAAAAAAAUGGAAAAAUUCGAAAUUUUAUAAACAAAAUGUUCUCUACUUGCAAUCGAUAGAGGUCUUUUGGAAUUUCUGUGCGAUAUUAAUCGAUGAAGAAGUCCACUGCUGAAUUAGAUGCGUUUCGAAAGCUUCAUGAUAACUCCGCGAAUUAUGCAUACUAAGGAACACAAUUGACCAUGUUGUCACUGUUAGACAGAUGGAGGCUAAUCAAGAACAAAGUUAAUAUAUGCGUUAUAGACCUCAACUCAUGAGAAGUCGAAAUAAUAUUUAUGAUGAAUUAAAUUCCUUCAGGCGGUACAAAAUGGCUCUGAGUAAAAUAGGCUUAAAUUUGACAAUAGGUGUAAAAAAAGCAUGUAUUCGUUGAUGUUAAUUUUUAUUGGUUUACUCGUUGCGCUUUUCCUGUCACUUCAAUAGUAUGAGAUAGAUGCUGCUUCUGUCCAGUCAAUAAUGUGGUCAAAGAAAAAAAAAUUAAGUCUUAUAAUGUCGUUCAAUUCCCAUUUUCCACCACAUGAUUUUUACAUCAAUCAAACCACCCUACUCCAGGAACAGGACAUUCAGUGGAUUAGGCCACACCAUUGGCAUAUUUGACAACCUAAUACUCUAUUCAUAAAGUUAUUUCAUCAGUGGCUCUUCUGGAACCGCUAUGGGGGGUAAAGGGUUAAAUGAGUUGAAAAGAAAGGUUUUAAACAAAAGAAGAUGUUCGGUUCGAAAGUUUGCAUCAAAAUCAAAAUUGAAUGUAUCAAAAUCUACUGUUCAUCGAAAUUCGCGAACUAUUGCUGAACCGUAUCAUCGUCGAACAUCUUCGAAGGUCACAGAACAAAAUACUGUGAAAAGAAGAAAAUUUGCUCGUUGGCCGAAAAGAUAUUGGAAACUUGAUCCAAGAGUACCAGGUUCUAAAUGGCAACGAUUAGUCAAUACUGAUUUUUCUAAACCUAUUCGUCUGACACCACAGCUCAACACCAAAAAUGAUAUUAUUUGGUCUACUAGUCGACGAGACGCUGAUACACAUGGUGGUUAUUAUGGUCGUGAAAAGUUUUCUCCUAGUGUCAUGCUUUGGGGUGGCAUAAGUUGGAAUGGUUUAAUUCCAAAAAAGGCUCCUGUAUUUAUCGACGAAUUUUUGGAUGAAUACCAAUGGUCGAAAGGUAAGAAAAGAACAAUUAAUGGUGCUCGAUAUGAAGAUCUAAUUACUAAUGUCCGUCCAAAAAGUCCAUGCGUGUGA